AUGCACCCUCUAAACCCCUUCCUGCGGGCCUUCUUCAGAAGCACCCUCCCCUCGCAGUGCCUCCCCGUAAACCACCACAUCCUCCUGGUCCCGACGACAGAAUCGCUCUUCCAGGGCCGCGACCGCGAGACAACUGCGCCUUAUGCCGACCUUGCCGUAUCGGAAGAUUUCCUGUCCAGCCAUGUCAUUCGUAUACCUGGAGGCAUACCCCCAGGCACAACUUCCAAAGAUGGAGCCAACAUCCGGGAAUCCAAAGGCAAGGCCAAGCAGUACAACACACUCAAUGGCCGGACCGUAGUGGUCAAGGAUACCUACGUCUACAGCAACAAGGGUUUCAAGAGCUUGACCCAGGCUCAACUGUUGACCGACGCCCUCUUCUGCCCGGACAUGCCCGAAGCCCAGCAAUGGCUCAUAUACUAUAUCUCAAGACCACUGGUAGGCUCCUACGACCCCGUUCGCAUCAUACCCGCCACUAUCAAGACAGCUGCCCAACGUGCCGCAGACAAGCCAAAACCUAUCACGCCCUCGGCAGCGGACGUCAAGAAGAAGGACAUCGCUUCGUUUACCGAACUUUUGACCGCUUUCCCCCUGAUCGCUCGACAGCUGCAGAACGGCCUGGAUAGAACACUCAAGGAAUUCGCGGCACGAUUCGAAGGCCCCGUGCCCAACAAGUCAUCACGAGCUCCAUCCGUGAGUUCGCAAAGAUCCGAUUACUCUUCUACCUCGUUGGAAAGUUCUUUGGCCUCGCUCAGAUCUUCGAUCGCUGGAAGCGAUAGUAGUAUCCGCCUCUCAUCACUGGUUAUCGAACCAGAAGAAGACUCUAUGCGAUUUGCUCUGGAGAGUGCGACUACGGCUGCGAUCGAUCUAUUUCAAGGGGUCGACAGGCAGCAGCUAUCUUUACUUGGCGCCACAACCGAUUUGUCCGGUCCAGUAGUUGAACGCAUGAUCGAACGCCAUGUCGCUGAGCAAUUGCACGAAUCCAUCUUGUUUCCUCGAAUAUGUAACAUCCGCCGCUCCGAGGAUCUUGAGCUUGAACAUCGUCUGCGGAAAAUGGCCAACAUCGAUGUUGCUCAGGUCGGCAUACCUAUAGAGGAUGGUAUGAGAGGGAAACGAGAUAUGGCACUUCGCAUCGACAGAGCUGUCGGGAUAUUCAAGAAAAUGGGCGUAGCAGGCAGUCCACAAGAGAUGCUCGAGGUACUACUUGAGACAGCAAAGACCGUUACAGCGACCCCGGCCACCAACACAGGAAAGCCAGAGAUGCGACCGGAUGGCACAUCUGAGAAGCCGACCAUCGCUAUGACCAUCAACGCCGACGUACUAGUUUCCAUGCUGCUGAUCGUUGUCAUCAGGAGUUCCGUGCGAUAUCUGCACGCGAGGCUAUCUUAUAUGAGACACUUCGUGUUUAUCGAUGAUGUCGAUAGUGGAGAAAUGGGCUAUGUAUUGAGCACCUUCGAAGCCGUACUGGUUUAUCUUUCCCGAGAUUCGGACGCCCUACGGAUCGCCGCCAGGAAAAAUGCGCGGCUUUGGAAAGCAACAAGAAACGGCAAUAUGCCGGACUUACGGAACAUACUCCAGCCUGACGCUCCGUGGAUUGCUGGCGGCCAGGUCAUCGAAGAAGCGCCAUCAUCGGAGGAGAGCUUCAGGGACCAAGAUGCGUCGAGCCUUAGUUCACGAUUGACCAGCGUGAAUCUUGAGCGAGAGCAGCAGCUUUCAAUGCCCAGCGGCGAUUUCGCUGCUGUUGGCGGGUCACUGGCCCAUGUUUUUCCUUUCCAAAAGCCGCCUACACCACCUCCUGAGGCCAACCAGCCCAAACGAAAGCGUGUGACGAUGGCGAGCUUCCGCAGUGCAUCUGUAUCAUCUGGGUACUCGUCACCAUCCCGGUCUAGAUCUAAGAGUAUCGACUCCACACUGAGUGCCGCCUCGAUGGGGGACAGCUCCCUGGAUAAAGUUUCGCAAUCCCAAGGACUGGGCGGAGACUCAAUCUUAAUGAUGGCCGUUGAGAACGGACAACUCGCAUCACUGGAAUAUCUGCUGAGCCUCGAUCGAUUCUUCCCCAUCGAAUUCGUAUUGGAAGACUGCAAUAAUGAAGGAGUGACGUUGCUCAUUGCUGCUGUUCAGGGUGACGACAAGAAUCUGACCAAUCUCUUGCUGAAUCACAUCAUCCGGAACGCUCCAUCCGAUGCCACUCUACGAUCCUACUUUGUUCGUCAAGACAGCAAAGGAAGAACUUUCGCUCACUAUCUUUUCAACCAGCCACAUCUCAUGGAAAUUGUUGGCGAGAUGCUGCCAUGGCGGCUGAAAGACAAGAACGGACAAACCCCAUUGUUUGCGUUAUGCAGGUCCUACGAUCACCAAGAGUAUCGAUGGAUGGUCGAGACUGCCUUGACUCUUGCCACAAACGAUCAACCAGAUCAAGAACCCUUGCACCUUGCAGAUCAUAUAGACAACAAGGGUAACACUCUACUACACAUCGUCAACGAUCCUCAUCUCACAGCAAGGCUUCUCCGCCACUGCGACUCAGACGUCAAUGCGGCGAACGACAAACGCUUCACUCCGCUGAUGAUGGCGAGCAAAUACGGUAGACUCGACUUGGUUCGAACAUUUUUCGGUGAUGCUCGAGUGGACCUGCAAGUCAAAGACAUCAGAGGUUUGACCGCUGUCGAGCUCGCGAAAGAUGAUGAAGUUAGGAACCGAAUUGACGAUCUGGUGCUGCUUUCGACACGACCUGCGGCAGAUGGACGUAUCACUUCUGUUGUUCGUUCCUUCUUUGUGGAAGACGCCACCGUGCGACUGGUGCUGAAGUCUGGUGGCCCGAAUCCAAAUGGCACAAUCACAGUCACUACCUGUCGUCGUUCCGUUGCAGAUUUUGAGCAUCUUGCCAAGUGGCUGUCGAUCGAACAACCCGCGUCGUGGAUACCGACGCACUUCAAUCUGACGUCCCCAUUCUUGAUACCUUCUAAGCCAUCAAGAGCAGUGUUGCGUGACAUCCAGCUUCGUCUCGAUGCUUUCUUGCAAUGCCUGCUGACACACUCCACUUUCUCCACUCAUGAGAUGGUGUGGGAGUUCUUCCUCGUUCCAGACAUCGAUCCUGCCAUGUUGGCCGAGCGUGCCAAACACAAGGCUGAAAUUCGAGUCGAAAAUGUUCGGGAUGACUACGAUCCUAUUACAGACACGCGAGAAGUCGAGUCUUUCGUGUCUCAUGCCAAAGAGCAACUUCGUGGUGUGUCUCAUGCUGUCAAGUCGCUCAUCAGACGCACCAAUGCACAGCGUAUGCUGAACUCUGAUCUAUAUGAUGCGCGCCUGCUAAAUAACACCGGCAUCACGACCCUUCAAUUCCUUCCACGAAAGUACCCCAUAGCAUUCGACAGGUACACCAAAACUUUGGCACCAUCUGAAUCCGAUCCUCUCACAAGCUUCUACUACUCUCUCCACUCAAUAGCAAACUCGUCAACAGCAGUCCUCGUAGCUCUCGGGCGACCAACAAAUCUCAUCGGCAGCAUGAACCAAGCCAGGAGAAACAUUGAAAGAGCUCUCGGAUCUCUCAACAGGCAAUCCCGUUGGACACCAAAUAUAGGACUGUUUGACGAAACCAGGCGGUCGAUUGCGGCUGAAGCCGAAGAAAAGGCGACGAAAGCUCAAAGCGAGCUUGAUGCUCUCGGUAGCGAAUUGCGCUAUACCCAACAAACAGUCGCGGCCGAGCUGGCCGGUUGGCAAGAACAGCACGUCAAGUUUGGCAAACAAAUGCUGAGGGAUCUAGCGAAGGGUAUGGUUGUCAAAGAAAAGGCCAGGCUGGAGAGUAUGAAGCGAGCUCUCAGAGAGUUGCAAAGGUGA